GGAGCUGCAUGUGGUUCAUACUUGUGUAUCACAUCUUGGACUGUGUUUGGCAUACGAUAGGUGUUAAGAGCUUGAAUCAAUGAAUUUUAGCGAUGCCAGAAAUGAAAUUCUGCAAGUGUUGUCCAAAACGGAAAGACAGGAUCUUCCAAAGUUACUCGAAUGGCUGAAAACAUCUGUUGAUCUGGAUGAUUUUCUGGUGGACAACCAACGCGUUAUUCUUCAAAGUAUUGCAGAGGACUUAAGGGCUUGCCUGCCACUGGAAGCUGUGGUUCCCUCAGAGACCAUGGCUAUCCAGAAGACUCAUCAGAAACUUCAUCCCACUGUGCAUGUGGAUGCGUUUUUGUAUGAUGAAGAAACAGUGGAUUCACUGUGUGAAGAGGGAAAGAUGAGUCGCAACUACUGCCUCAGUUGUGGAUCACACAGAACAGCACCAUUGGAUUUUAUCUCGCAUUCAUUCUCCAUCUCGGAGCUCCAGUUUCUGUUCCAGAAUAUUCUUCCAGAUCUCACAGGAAAGCUAGUGGUGGAUGUGGGUUCUAGACUAGGAGCUGUGCUAUAUGGGGGUUACCUCUACAGUGCAGCAUCUCAGCUCGUGGGGGUUGAAAUAAGUUCAGAGUUUGUCAAGCUUCAAACAAUGGUCAUGGAGAAAUAUGGCUUCAGUGACAGAGUUCAGGUGAUUCAUGCAGAUGUCCGCUCUCAGGCUGCCUUAUUGCAGAAUGCAGAUGUUCUAAUCAUGAACAAUGUGUUUGAAUACUUCAUGGAACCAAGUGAUCAAAUACAAGCAUGGCAGUUUAUUAGUCAAAAUUUUCGAAAGAAAGGUGCACUGUUGGUAACUGUUCCAUGCAUUCAAGAGGCACUCGCUUCACUUCAAGAAACGGUUUCCCUGGAGAUGUUAACGCUCAGCCAGUGGAUAGAGGAAGUACCACUUGACUACUCUAUUUAUCUAAAAAAUGAUACAGACCCGGAUUCUCUCAAGCAAAUCCAUCUUUACAGGGUACUAUGACCCUCUUAACAAAGAGCUAUGGACUCUUUGGCAGGGGAACCAAUGAAUUUGAUUAACCACAUUGAGGCUUUACUUGACAAAUGAUGCAAGCAGAUUUGCCCAGUUUCCCUGGGUAUCUCAGUGAGUAAAGACGCUGACUACCACCCCUGGAGUCGCAAGUUCGAAUCCAGGGCAUGCUGAGUGACUCCAGCCAGGUCUCCUAAGCAACCAAAUUGGCCUGGUUACUAGGGAGGGUAGAGUCACAUGGGGUAACCUCCUCCUUGUCACUAUAAUGUGUGGUUCUCGCUUUCGGUGGGGCGCGUGGUGAGUUGUGCAUGGAUGCCACGGAGAAUAGCGUGAAGCCUCCACAUGCGCUUUGUCUCCGCGGUAAUGUGCUCAACAAGCCACAUGGUAAGAUGUGCGGAUUGACGUCUCAGACACGGAGGCAACUGAGAUUUGUCCUCCGUCACCUGUAUUGAGGCGAGUCACUAUGCCACCAUGAGGACCUAGAGCGCACCGGGAAUUGGGCAUACCACAAUUGGGGAGAAAAAAAAAAAAAAGUUUCCUGUUCAAGUUAAACCUUGUGUGACAAUACACUUUUCUACUUUUUACAGUUCUGAACAAGUUUAUACUCAAAGAAACUGUAAGCUUAUGUAAUUAUUAGCCAUUAUUGUCAAGGGGAAAACACUCUCACUGUGUUAUAGAUUUCAGUAAAGUUCUGCUUGCUUUUCCAAUGUUGUUCAGAGGUUAUACUACUACAAAAUCAGUCAUCAUUGAUACUUAAUAAAAACUUUGUCUUUAUGUAUUAA